UGCGGCUGCCUGCGCACUCCCACCGGGAGAGAGCGCGAAUGACCGUGCCUCACAAACCCAUCGGCGGUUUCAAAUCUCGGUAAACAGAUUUUCAACUGUGCAAUGGAAAACUUAAGAAGAAAAAUCUGUCCCUAAAGGAGAGUAACCUUCUAGGCGACAGCAACGGGCCCCAAGGCAGCUGCCUAUCUUCUGGCUUUGCCGCUGCUCCCUGCCGGCAGCUUGUGAUGUGUUGCGGUUCCUUAAGGGCAGGCAGUGUGGGGCACGUGGUGUGUGCAGCUUCUCCCACCAGGAUCGUAGGAAGGAAAAUGCGGGAAAAGUAGGUAAAUCUGUUACUCUCCUCAACGACCGCCCUUCCCACCGGCCGGGCAGAACUCCUGUUCCUUGCUCUGUCCCUAAAGGGCGCUCGGCAGCGGGGCCGCCGGGGGACACACCAGCAGACCGGGCCAUGGCAGGCACCGAGCAGCGCUGACACUUAAACCAUAAACAUGAAGAAAUUAAAGCUUAAAGAACUGGAAAGCUGUCUUCAAGAAGUUGAUACUUUUGACAGUCCAAAACUACUCCUUGAACAGUAUCCAACAAGACCUCAUAUCGCAGCAUGUAUGCUUUAUACAAUUCACAAUACUUUUGAUGAUAUUGAAAACAAAACAAUUGCAGAUUUAGGAUGUGGUUGUGGCAUGCUCAGCAUUGGAAGUGCAAUGUUGGGAGCAGGAUUCUGUGUGGGAUUUGACAUAGAUGCAGAUGCACUGGAAAUAUUUAAUAGCAAUAUUGAAGACUUUGAGCUCACAAAUGUCGACAUGGUUCAGUGUGAUAUCUGUUCUUUGUCUGGUAGCAUGUCAGAUGCUUUUGACACAGUUAUUAUGAACCCUCCUUUUGGUACCAAGCAUAAUAAAGGAAUUGAUAUGAUUUUUCUGAAAACUGCUCUACAAAUGGCAAAAACAGCUGUAUAUUCCCUUCACAAAACUUCAACACGGCAGCACAUUCAAAAGAAAGCAGAUGAAUGGGAAGUGAAGAUGGAAGUCAUAGCAGAACUUAGAUUUGACCUACCAGCAUCAUACAAGUUCCAUAAGAAGAAAUCAGUUGACGUUGAAGUGGAUUUCAUUAGAUUUUCUGCCAAGAAAUUCCUGAACUGAGGCAUGUCUUUAAAACCUAUUGAAAAUGGAACAUUAAAACCGCUAAUUUUUUAAAAUUUUA